UCACCUUCAACAAAAAAGUACUCAUACAUAAAUUACUGACGACGGACAAAUCAAGAAAACAGCUGCCAUUGGAAACACGAAAAUCGCAUUUCCAGCAAACAUGUUAUACCAUCAUUGAAGAGGACCUGUCGGCCUAAAUAAAUCCAUUUUCUUAAAAAUUGGCUGCCACUAAUUCGGCGAUGAAUUCCAAAAUCGUUUGCCUUUUCAUCUUGCUUCAAGAAAAAGUAAACGUUUCGGUUUGCACCGCCAUCGGAAAUAGUCCAAUCUCUUUUUCUUCUUAUUUUAUGGUAAAAGAAAACUUGUGGCUUGAAGACAAAAUCAUUGAACAGCUCGAGUCUCCUGAUAUAGUCUCAUGCAACCGGUUAUGUAUGAAAACGGCCUGGUGCACUUCAGCAAAUUACAAAAUGCCAACGUCGCAAGAGGGCAUGGGAACCUGUGAACUGAAUAGGCACGGCGCCAUCGAUAUGAACACACGAAAUCUUCGGAAGCAACAAGGAGCCACUUUUUCUUUGCUUUUGAAGGGUUGUUUGCGGACUGGGUGUCUCAAUGGUGGCUCGUGUAUUUAUUGCGAAAACUCAUAUGCAUGUUCGUGCAAAGAACCGCAGACUGAAGAAAAGAAAGGAAGGACAUUUGGUUGGGAGUCAAAUAGGCCUGCUAAUUCCUGCAAGCACAUACGGGACGCUGGAGACUCCAGAGGAGACGGGGAAUACUGGAUCGACCCUGAGAACAAAGGAAGCCCUUUGAAGGUCUAUUGCGACAUGACAACUGAUGGAGGAGGCUGGCUUCUCGUUUCCAACCUUGUGAUGGCCAACUCAAGUCGGUCUGUUCCGCUGUUGGUUGAGUGGUCGUACCAUGCUAUCAGCCAAUAUCACAGGAACAACAUGUUUCUGGCAAAAACGGCCAUGAAUGAGCUCAGAACAUACUUGAAUUUUACUCAGCUGAGAUUCCAUUGCAGCAAACGAUCGAAGCGUACGUUCCACGUGACCACAGCCACCAAUAGCAUCGGAGAAGCUGUGGUCCAGUACUUUAGCGGUCAGACAGAUGCGCGACCAAACUCGUGUAAAUCUUUUGUCAGAAUGGAAGACGACAACUCAAAAUUAGCCAAGGUCUGCCGACAGUGGGGGUCUAAGGACUCUAGAAAGCGCUACGUUGGUAAAUGGAGCUCAUGUAAUCGCAAUGACAACAGAUUGUACGAUCAUACUGUAAUCGUCUGGUGGACCUAUCACUGGAAUAUUCGGCCAUCACAACGACGAUUUGACUGCGACGAUUUUGCACAUACAGUGUCUGCCGGUGAUUUCUGGAAAGUUUUUGGAUGUUUGUUGACCGGCUGUCUUAAUGGUGGCUUCUGUGUGUUUGACAAAAAGGAAAACCUGUUCUCAUGUUCGUGCAAAAUACCGUGGACGGGAAAAAAAUGUGAAAAUAAAAACGGAAUAGGCUGGAUUUAUCGUUAUCCUGCUCUUUCAUGCAAGAACAUCCGGGACGUGGGAGACUCCAAAGGAGACGGGGAAUACUGGAACGACCCUGCAAAGAAUGGAAAGCCAUUCAAAGUAUACUGUGACAUGACAACUGAUGGAGGUGGGUGGCUUCUCAUUUCCAACAUCGUUAAGGGCGCCUUACCUAUUCAACCCUCCCUCAAGGGGUCUUACGAUGAAGUUAGCCUCUACAAUGAAGGAAACAUUGUUCUCAACAGAAGCGCCAUGAAAGAACUCAGGUCGAAUGUGUCCUUUACUCAGCUGCGAUUCUUCUGUAGUAAACAACAGGGACGUACGUUCCACGUGACCACGACCGCUAACAGUACCGGUGAAGCUGUUGUCCAGUACUUUAGCGGUCAGACGGAUGCGCGACCGGAUGCCUGUGGCUCGUUUGUGAGGAUGGAAGAUGAUAACUCAGCUAUGUCACAAGUCUGCAAAGAGUGGGGGGGUAACUCUACCAAUACGUUCACAAACAAAUGGGGUGACCGCACUCAAGACUAUGAAAAGCGGCUGUAUCGUCAGGUGGUUCUCGUCUGGUCCAAAUAUCAUUGGCUGCUUUCACCAGAAAGUAAGAGAUUCGAAUGCGAUGAUUAUAACGGCAAUGUUUCGACAGGUGGUUUUUGGAAGAUAUAUGUACGUUGAGGACUCCAUCAAUGAAAUUAUUGCUUUUGUCUCACACGCAAAAAUGAAACUUUACAUGUAAUACUUAUUGCGAUAAUUGUAGUGCAAACAGCUUCCUCAUAUUCUUUCUUUCACUGCUGUAUUAGACUUCAAUGAGAUUGUAACAGACUAUACAUAGAUAAUCGCUUUGCUGUUUUGUAUUAAGGGAAAACCAUGUCCCAUUAUUUUCUCUUGUCUUUAUCUAAUCUCGGUUUUGGCGCCAUUACGAUGUCAAAUACUUUUUAGGUAAUUUUGAUGGAACUGAGUGGAGUUCGAUUCGGUUUGUAAUCAUACGAGUGAUACAGGAAGUCUUACUAGCAAAUAAUCAUAAAAAUUCCAAUUUCCCAGAAAAAGAAGAAUGCCAAGUUAUGAAAGAAAGGGUAAAUUUACAUUAAAAGACUAACAACCAAGGUUGAGAUCGGUGGAUUUAAACUACAACUUUGAAUGUGAUUGGCUUACUAAACUGUCCGAUGGCAAACUUUCCGAUAACAACUUGGCAAGUGAAUUAGUGGAAAAUAAGAGUUUUUUAAACCAAUCACAAUCGAGGAAAUUGUAAUUUUUAUGAUUAAGAGAUAAAUCUGGUGAAAUGAGAGACGAAGGAGCCGGGUCAACGAAAGUCUACUUUACAUCAGCUUUUUUUCCCUUAAAAAUACCCCUUUGCGCGCUAUAUUGGGGCACACAUUUGCCGCCAGAUAUAACGAUGUUGCUUCUCCAAUUUGAUUUAAGGAUCAUCGAUUUUUUUUAGUGAGUUAGUUAGACUGAGCACUUGCUCUUUCCAAGGGAGCUUAGAAAAUCACAGAGAUUAAGAGAACGAAUUUUGUGAUUUAAGAUAUUAGAUUGAUAGUCUAAAAGUCUACAGUUAAUAGCUGGAGACAGGUUUCUUUCUAAUUGAUGACUUCUUGACCAAUUGGCUUCCUUGUUGGGUGGUAAAGCUAUCCUAAUGUGCUCUCUAAGGUCACAGUGAGAUUAGUUGCCGACCUGAAUUUGCCGUCGCGAUUCCUUACGGCAAAUACUUAUUCCGUUUUAUUUCAAUGUAUCUAAGAUAAACAGGGUACAGGUGGCUUUGAUUAUCGUCCUCCAAGCCUUUGAUCCCUUGUUAAAAUCCUUCCCCC